AUGGGUCAAUACAAGAAGGAAGCGGCCCGAAAGGAUCGGGAAGGGAAAAUCAAAGGCGAUCCCAAAAUUAAGGGCGAGAACUUCUACAGAAAUGCAAAGAAGCUCAAGACCCUUAAUAUGUUCAAUGAGGGGAAGGCAGAGAGAAACGCUUCCGGCAGGAUCACGAAAGCCGCAACCUUUCAAUCAAGAGACAUUCCAAAUGCGAGAGUCGAGCCACACCGCAAAUGGUUCACGAACUCAAGAGUUAUCUCCCAAACCGCCUUGAAUGCAUUUCGCGAUGCCGUCACCGCUCAGACUUCCGAUCCCUAUUCCUACCUCCUCAAACGCAACAAGAUCCCCAUGACUUUGAUCCGCGACAACCUGCAUGAGAACGGCGUGAAGAAACAUAAGGCCAAGAUGGCGCUCGAGACGAUGCCGUUCAGCGAGACCUUCGGCCCGAAAGCGCGGCGAAAGAAGGUGCAGCUGGAUGUGAGUUCCAUGGAGGAUUUCGCCAAGCGGGCGGAACAGAUGCAGGAUGAUUAUGAUGGGAAGCAGGAGGAGGCCAAGGCACUCUUCCCGGACAACGAUGCUGAUGGCAACGUUGUUAUGGACUUGGAUGACACGUUGAACACUGCCAAAGAAGCAAUCUUCUCCAAGGGCCAGAGUAAGAGGAUAUGGAACGAGCUCUACAAAGUCAUCGACUCCUCAGACGUGAUCAUACAUGUCCUCGAUGCCAGAGAUCCGUUAGGUACACGGUGUCGGAGUGUGGAGAAGUACAUCCGAGAGGAGGCUGCACACAAGCAUUUAUUGUUCGCCUUGAACAAAUGCGAUCUGGUGCCCUCCAGGGUCGCCGUAACAAGCCGCCGGCCGUUCUGGCCUGGCUUUGAGGCCCGAUGGGUGAAGAUCCUUUCCAAGGAGUAUCCAACAAUGGCGUUCCGCUCCUCGAUCACCAAUCCGUUCGGCAAAGGUGCCCUGAUCAAUGUCCUACGACAGUUUUCGUCGCUGCAUAAGGAUCGAAGACAAAUAUCCGUAGGAUUCAUCGGAUAUCCCAACACUGGAAAGUCUUCGAUGAUCAAUGCCCUACGAAGCAAGAAAGUCUGCACCGUUGCACCCAUCCCUGGCGAGACAAAGGAAUGGCAAUACAUCACCUUGAUGAAGAGGAUAUACCUGAUCGAUUGCCCUGGUGUUGUCCCACCGAGCAACAACAACACCGACGAAGACAUCCUCCUACGAGGGGUUGUCCGCGUCGAGCGAGUCGAGCACCCCGAGCAAUACAUCGACGCCGUGCUCAAGCGGUGUCGCCAGCGCCAUGUCGAACUGACCUACGAAAUCAGCGGAUAUAAUAAUUCCACCGAGUUCCUGGAGAUGAUCGCCAGAAAGCGUGGACGGCUGCUGAAAGGCGGGGAGGCCGAUCUAUCGGGCGUGGCGAAGCUGGUCCUCAAUGACUUCCUCCGCGGAAAACUGCCGUGGUGCACGCUGCCUCCGGGUUGGGUGGAGGGCCCGAAAGGCCCGAUAUCAAAGGUCGGUGGUGACGAUGCGGAAUCGGAAGUUGUUGAGUCCGCUGGUCUGGAGAGCGAUCCUUUGUCGGAUGAGGAUGAGGAUGAGGCGGGGAGCGAUGACGCUGAGGAUGAGGAUGAGGUUGAGCAGGAAGGAGAGGGAGACAACGAUGACGACGCUGCCGCUGCCGCUGAAGCAUCGGAAGGUCAAAGCGAUUUUGAAGGCUUUGAAUCAUGAGCACGAUGCAUUCUAAUGAACCUUAUUGCAUCCUUCAUGAAAUUCCUCCCUGGGCCUAUGAUACACGUAUGAUGCACGACCUAUAGAGGUCACUCUAUGAUCAAAACCCGUCUAUCCCAUCUAAAUUAAGACAUUUAGUUCUGC